AUGACACCCGCCGUUCUCGAGCCUUCCAUCUACCGCACUGUCAUAGAUGAAGUCAUUAUGGCCAUUAAGCCGGAGUUCGACGAGUAUGGCGUCUCUGAGGACGUCCUUGCCGAAUUGCAACGUAAAUGGGAGAACAAAGUAAUUGCUUCGCAUGUGGCGGAGUUCGAGCCCCAGAGUCAGCCUCAGACACAUCACCCUGCGUACCCGCCGCAUCCGGCGGCAAUGCAGAUGAUGGCACAUGCAUAUCCGCCUCCGACAGCGUACCAGUCACCGCAAGUUAAGGCAGAGCCUGUUGAGAAUCGAUACAUGCUCAGCCCACCAGGAAUGCAACCGUUUGCUAUGCCUCCUUUACCGGGCCCUCAGCUUAAUGGCUUUAAGCCUACAUACCCUGGGGGACAGCAAGGUGUCCUUUCGUUUGCGUCCCAGCCUGCACCAGUCGCUCGUCAGACUACUGCCCCAGCUCAACGUGCCUACGUACCACCUGCGGCUAGCUCUAGUGCUUCACCGCAGACUCAGGCAGCGCAGUCUCAGUCUCCCCGGCCACCUUCUCAGCGGAUUCCUCAGACCGACGGUCCUUCAUCCUCAGAUUCAGAGGAGGACUCGCCACCACCGAGUCAGGCAUACGCUCCGCGCACGUCGCACCCUUCGUUACCCCAGCCUUCGCAGGCAUCUACGCAGCCCGAUGAUGCGGAAGCCAUUAACAGUGACCUUGAUGACUCUGAUACGGAAGGCGAAGAGGAAGCGGAGGAAGGAACCCAGGGGGAGACUGAUAUUGUGUUUUGCACUUAUGACAAGGUGGCACGUGUGAAGAACAAGUGGAAGUGUACCCUGAAAGACGGUAUGAUUCACGUCAAUGGUAAAGAUUACUUGUUUGCCAAAUGUACAGGUGAAUUUGAAUGGUAA